AUGUUCGCGGCGGCGGAGCAGGGCCCUGUGCUGUGCAGCGACUCCAACAUCCUCUGCCUGUCCUGGAAGGGCCGAGUGCCCAAGAGCGAGAAGGAAAAGCCCGUCUGCCGGCGCCGUUACUACGAGGAAGGCUGGCUGGCUACCGGCAACGGCAGAGGGGUGGUCGGCGUGACUUUCACCGCCAGUCACUGCAGGAGAGAGCGCAGCACUCCGCAGAGGAUCAACUUCAACCUCCGAGGCCACAACAGCGAGGUAGUACUUGUACGAUGGAAUGAACCCUUUCAAAAACUAGCGACAUGUGAUGCAGAUGGAGGAAUCUUUGUGUGGAUCCAGUAUGAAGGCAGAUGGUCUGUUGAGCUGGUGAAUGAUCGUGGAGCCCAGGUAAGUGACUUUACCUGGAGCCAUGAUGGAACGCAAGCACUCAUAUCUUAUCGAGAUGGAUUUGUGUUGGUUGGAUCCGUCAGUGGACAGCGACACUGGUCCUCUGAGAUUAACUUGGACAGCCAGAUCACCUGUGGAAUAUGGACACCUGAUGAUCAACAGGUACUUUUUGGUACAGCUGAUGGCCAAGUGAUAGUGAUGGAUUGCCAUGGACGUAUGUUGGCUCACGUGUUACUUCAUGAAUCUGAUGGUAUCCUGGGAAUGUCUUGGAACUAUCCAAGUUUUCUGGUGGAAGACAGCAGUGAGAGUGAUACUGACUCAGAUGACUAUUCUCCGCCACAAGAUGGUCCAACAGUAUACACAUUGCCAAUUCAAAACAGAAAACCACUCCUAACUGUCAGCUUCACAUCUGGGGAUAUCAGUAUGAUGAACAACUAUGAUGACUUGUUGCCCACUGUUAUCCACUCAGGUUUAAAAGAUGUGGUCGUACAGUGGAGCACCCAGGGGGAUUUGUUAGCAGUAGCAGGCAUGGAAAGACAGACUCAAUCUUGUGAACCAGGAAAUGUUCCUAUAAUGAGGAAUGGUGUUGUUAAAUUCUACAAUAUUCAUGGGGAGCACAUUUACAGACUGGAAAGUCCUACGCAGCGUCACAUUACAGCUAUUUGCUGGGGCCAUCGUGACUCGCGUCUGUUUCUUGCCUCUGGAACUGCAUUAUAUGUUGUUCGAGUGGAGCACAGGAUCGCCAGCUUGCAAUUGCUAUGUCAACAGGCUAUAGCUGUAGUUCUGCGGGAUGACAAAGACUUUAGUAAAUUAACGUUGCCACCUCGCCUUUGCUCAUACCUCACUGCUGCCUUUGUAUCAACAAUUAAGCCUCCCAUCCCGGAUCCAAAUAACAUGCGGGACUUUGUCAGUUACCCGACAGCAGGAAAUGAAAGACUACACUGCACCAUGAAACGUACAGAAGAUGACCCUGAAGUAGGAGGCCCGUGCUACACACUGUAUCUGGAAUACUUAGGUGGUUUAGUGCCAAUUUUAAAAGGAAGGAGGAUAAGCAAACUUCGACCUGAAUUUGUCAUCAUGGAUCCUAAAACUGACGGUAAAGCAGAUGAAGUAUAUGGAAACAGCUUGAUUUCCACAGUUAUUGACAGCUGUAACUGCUCGGACUCCAGUGACAUAGAAUUGAGCGAUGACUGGGUUGGCAAGAAAUCUCCAAAGAUCUCCCGAGCAAGCAAGUCCCCCAAAUUGCCCAGAAUUAAUCUUGAUGCUAGAAAAUCACCCAAACUUUCUCGUGCUAGCCAGGAGAUAUCCAGGUCUCCACGUUUACCAAUUAGGAAGCCUUCCAUUGGUUCUCCAAGCCUGACUCGCAAAGAGUUUCCUUUAGAAGAUAUCACACAGCACAACUAUCUUGCUCAGGUUACUUCUAAUAUCUGGGGGACAAAGUUCAAGAUUGUGGGUCUGGCUUCAUUUCUACCAAAUAAUCUUGGUGCAGUAAUUUAUAAAACCAGCUUGCUCCAUCUUCAGCCCAGGCAAAUGACUAUUUACCUACCAGAGGUACGCAAACUUUCAAUGGACUUCAUCAACAUGUCUAUAUUCAACCCUAAUGUUUUCAGUGAAGAUGAAGAUGAUCUAGCAGGUCCAUCUGGGGCUCCUGAAAACAACCCUCCUUGCACUGUUAAUAUUCCUAUUGCACCAAUUCACAGCUCUGCUCAAGCAAUGUCUCCCACUCAGAGCAUUGGGCUUGUCCAGUCUUUGCUUGCCAAUCAAAAUGUCCAGCUUGAUGUUUUGACUAAUCAAACAGCUGUUGUGGGAGUUGUGGAGCACAGUGGAGAUGGUGCCGGCCAAUAUGCAGCCCCCAGCAGGUAUUCUAAUCCAGGACAGGUUAUUUUUGGCAGUGUGGAACCUGGACGUAUGACUAGUGGAUCACAGCAGCCAUCACAGCAGAUCCAAAUUGUCCAUUUGCCUGUGGAGCAUGUUGAAAGGGACACUGAACACCCUCAAAAAAUCAAACCUUUACGGCCAGUGCCACAGUUGGCUGAAGGGGAUGCAGUAGUUUUCUGUACAACUCCUGAAGUGCAGUUGACUAAAUUAAGUGGACAUCCACCUCCUCCAUACCCAGGGACUACAGCAGUAACAACUUCUGCAGCCACAUCUGCUCCUGCUACACCAGUAGAUAUUUGUCUGAAAAAAUCAGAUUUCUCCCUUUUUCCUGCUGGACACUUUCAAACCCCAUUGGGUUAUGAAAGAAUUACAACAUUUGACAGCAGUGGAAAUGUAGAGGAAGUGUGCAGGCCCCGUAUGAGAAUGAUGAGUAGCCCAAAUAUGUAUACACUUCCAGGUCCAGGGCAAUCACAAACGUUGUUACGGUUGCCUUCAGCGGAUGUUAAGAAGGUUCAACAGGCAUAUGGUACACUGAGUAGACUAAAUGUUGCUCACUGUGUUAUUCCAAGUGGGGAUCCUCCACCUUAUCCAGAUGCAACUAAUAGAACUCUAAGUCAACGUACUGACAUUAACUCUAUCCAAGUACCAUUGCGAAGAGAUAGCAGGGAUUCCACAGCGAAGUUGGCUCAACUUUUGGACUCCCAAAGAGUUAAUGUUCAGCAUGGUCACAAACCCAAACACAAUCCAGUAUCUGCACAGUACCAGCAAACCUCUCUCAGAUCUCCUCCUGCACUCUAUACCUGCAGUCAGUGUAUCAGCAAUGGAAACAACAUUAACAUUAGUAUGAGAUCUGAAUUAGCAACUGCAACUAGCUCUCAGCAUAGCACUGUCAUUGUCCAUUCAGCUAGUACCUCGCCACUCUCCUCUCAGUCUUCUUAUAAUCUGCUGAGCCCACCUGACAGCUGUCAUGACAGGACUGAAUACAUCAACUCUGGUUUCACCGAGGAUGAGGCUGUUUUACAACACUGCCAGAUUGAGAAAUCAGUCAGACAUGUUGCUUUAAGUAAUGAAAUUAACAUUAAUGUGAAACGGCCACCUCCAUAUCAAUGGGACCCUACAGGAAGUGAGGAGAUUUGGAUUCCACAGGAAAGACCAGCUCAUAUUUCUAUAACGGGGAGUCAUAAACCACCGCCUCUUAUCCUUGAACAGUCACAACAUGUGGAAAUGUCUCGUAUGCCAUUUCUUCCUAUGAAAUCUCCUACUAGUCCGACAGCUAAUUUCCAGUCAAACUAUGGGCUAGGUUUACCUUAUCCGAUGAGUUACGGUGGACCUUCUGUUGCUGGUUUACAAGCUCAAUUUCCUCUUCCAGAAGUUAUAGGUCCACCACCAUAUCCACAACAGGACCCUGCUGUGGUACUCCAAGCUGGGUAUCCUGCAAAUAUCACUUGCUGUCCAUUGCCACCAAUGUAUCCAAGCAGUAGCACAUGUUCAAGUUUACAACUUCCCCAGAUUACAUUGCACCAAUGGAAUGCUUAUAGUGCAUGUUCUCCAAUGCAUGGCUCACAGGGAACAUUGAGCUCAAAACCACACUUUGUUGAAAAGACUGGGAUGCCUCCAAAUCCACCAGAGCUUCAGGAUCACACAGGAACUGAAGUGAUUGUGGAAACAGCAGAGAACUUCCAAGAGGUUCUCUCUUUGACAGAGAGCCCUAUACCCCAGCGAACUGAUAAAUUCAGCAAGAAAAGCCGUAAACGAUUAGACAGCAGACCAGAAGAGGGUAACAUGCAAGCCGUCACUGAGGGGAAGAUCAAAAAGGAGACAAAAGCCCUUACAGACUUCAACUCUCUCAUUUCCAGCCCCAGAUUAGGAAGAGAAAAGAAAAAAAUUAAAAGCCAAAAGGAUCAGGUAAAAUCAAAAAAACUGAACAAGAUGAGUGAGUUUCAAGACAGUUCGGAGAGUGAGCCAGAAUUAUUUAUUAGUGGAGACGAGCUGAUGAAUCAGAGCCAGAGCACCAAAAAAGUUUGGAAAACUAAAAGAAACCUAAGGACAGCAAAUGAAAAUGAUGAGAUGAAAUGUCGACGAGCGAAUGACAAAGAGGAUGGAAAGUUGGGAAAUCAAGGGUUUGUGUAUGUAAUGGCUAACAAGCAACCCCUAUGGAAUGAGGCAACACAAGUGUAUCAGUUGGAUUUUGGAGGAAGAGUAACACAGGAGUCGGCAAAAAAUUUCCAGAUUGAAUUGGAAGGGCGACAGGUGAUGCAGUUUGGGAGGAUUGAUGGAAAUGCAUACAUUCUGGAUUUUCAAUAUCCUUUCUCUGCAGUGCAGGCCUUUGCUGUUGCUUUGGCAAAUGUUACACAGCGACUGAAAUAAAGGUGAAGAACCAAAGUGCUUUCUGGAUAUGAGGAGCAAACAAUGCCAGGAAUGCACAUGAAGUGCACUGUGACUGAAUUGGCCUGGGCAGCUAUACAGUGCUGCCUUUCACUUCAGAGGAUCACAGUUCACCUGUUUAGAGUGGAAGUAAUAAGAAGGGCAAAGAGCAUGCCUCUUGGAUGCAUGCUAGGAUAAUUGCAGUUCAGAGAGACAGCUUGCUGCACUGCAGUAAUUUACAGCGGCAAACGUGCAGUUCCUUGCUAACCGAAUAACCCUGUAGAAUAAGUUUACCCGUUGACUAGACUGCCUUAUAUUAGUGUUUUUGUGUUGUUUUUUCACAGAAACUUGUUUUCUGUUCAGUUUUGAUAACACUAAUAAUACUUGAAUAAUACACUAGAUUCUCGGCACCAUAAUGGAAUGGUGACUCUUGGACAUGUUCUUGAUAGCUAGUUAGGUUAUAUAGAUCCUGUUGAACACUGGAACACAGUUUGAGGAACGUGUAAGGUAAAGACUACAAGACUAAGGUCUUCAAAACAGUGUUUGUAAAGCAGUAUGUUUUAAUCAUCGCUUUGGAUUUAAUUUUUCGUGUGUUAAGACACCAAUUUUAGUGGUAGUUAUAAAAAAACAACAUCACUGAAUGGGCCAGUUUGUCUUCAUUUGUUAUACUUUUGUUGAAGUUGUUGAGUAUAACUAUUUCUUGUGAUGGGUUGAAUGCAUAUAUAUCCAUAAUAUCAGAUUUUUUUUACAUUAAGUCUGCCAAUAUUGGGUGUGUCAAGUAGACAGAACUAAAUGAACCUAUGUUUUCAUGGUACACAACAUUAGGCCACAUUCCUUUUCUGGUUUUGUUGCAUAGUUUGUUUGGGGGAGGCAUGGUUUAGAGAAUGGUGCAGGGUGGGGACUUAAUGAUGCGAGCUAUGAUAUUUGCUAUGUAUGGACUUAGGAAGACAUUAAAAGGUGAUUAAAGUAGAAUGCAUUCAAAGCCGAUAAAGAUUUAAAAUUUAAUUUUGAAAAAUAACUUGCUGAUGGUUAUUCAGACACUGAAAAAAAUAUUUGGGAAGGCAGAGUAAUAUGAGGUAUUACAUAAAGUAAUUUAUUUAAAAUUUUAUGUUUUGUUAUUAUGGUUAAGGAACUUGAUUUUUCCUCUCAACAAUGAAUAAUUUUUUUUAAAAAAAUUUAAUAACCACUCAUGUUUUUUGACAAUUUUAAAAGAAGGGUCUGCAUAUUUGCAGCUUAUACAAGUUGGAAAAAAUGGGGAAGGUUGUAGAAAAUAAUUCCCAGUUAUCUCCUUAUCAAAAACAAAUCAGCUGCUUUUCCCCUGUCUCUCAAUUCCUUCCUCUAUACUGAAUACUGUUUCCCAGGAUAUAUUAAAUGCAUAUAUCCUGAAACACAAACUAUGAGGCAAAGUAGAUUAGGCUAAUUCUUCUGAUCUUAGUUGUGAUUAAGAGUAAUCACCUUUGGGCUGAUAUGUUCCGAAAACAUAUUUUGUUUGAAUUCGCCAUUUCUUUACCAUCAUCUUUAGUCUUAAGGUGUCCCAUAGUGAUAGACAAAGUUUGUGUUCCAUUUCUUCUAAUUAACUGCAUCUAACAACAAGAAAAAUCAAAUCAGGAAAAUCUUUUUGCGAGGAACAUGUGUUCAGGUAGGCAAAAGAAAGGGGAACAGUAGGGGGGAAAGAGAAAGUGUUAACAUAACCUGAAAAGAAGAGAGAUAGAUGACUGUACAUAUCUAAUUUUUGGAAAUCUAUGAGGAAUUGUGCAUGUUUAUACUCUUAAUUUAAACCCCAGUGAACAUGUCCAAUUUCUUACUGAACUGAAGGUCUUGCCAAAGAUCUACUAAGAGUUAUUUUAACGUGUCAACAAAUAGCAAGUGAAAAAGUUUUAAGUUCUGGUAACCUAAAGAUAAUAUAUCCCUUACCUACAGUGAGUGCACAUGGAAGGUCAGUGGUUAUAUCAUGCUCCCUGCGUUGCUUUCAGGUAAUUAGCUGCAGAAUACCAAUUAAUACAUUUCUAGUAGUUACAGCAUAACCAUUAAUCCUUGAAUGAAGACAACAACAACAACUAGAUUACAUUUGUAUAGCGCCUUUCACGUCGGGAGGACGUCCCACAUGUCACAUGAAGACAGCACUACAUGUCACAUGAAAGAAGUGUACUGGCUGUUGAUGGUGAUUAUAAUUGCUAUUGGCAAAAAAAAGUGUAAAACUGAAAUAAAUACCCCAAAACUACUCCACAGUGUUCUCAUGAAAACUACAUGAAAGUUUGAGACUUUUUGGAACCAGUAAUAUUGUGUGUUUAUGACUUCAUCUGAACUCCUCGAUGAGAUUAUUGCCUUGUAAGAUGGUGUAACCAUUAUUUGAGAUGCAAUAAUCUGCAGUGCUGCUAUCGUACGGAAGUAUUCACUCUCAAAAUACAUAUGUAUUACUACAGAAAAUACAAUGGAGUAGAGAGGGACAUGGUUUUUAUAGUGAUGAGUGACUUCACUUCUCAAUCAAACAAACCAUUUUGUAAUGUAGACGAGAUGGUCAUUUGAACAAUUUUUCUAACAUUAAAAUUGUUCACUGCCUGCUUGAUUAACGAGAUUGAAGAGAUCAAACGAGAGCAGGAGAAAAAUAAUAUGUUUACAAAAUUAAUUACUAUCCACCUAAAAACGAACUUGGAAGCAUUCUUUUUGUACCCGAUUUACUCUAAUACGUAAGGUUGUUAUCUAUCAGGUUGCCCUCUUGGCCUCACUUUAUAAAUAUAUUUAUUGAAACAUAGUUUCUAGAAACUCAGCUUUCGUCAAAUGUACGUAUUUAGAUUUUUAGCAACCUUUAGUUUUAUAAAAAAUUGGGACUAGAUGAAUGAAGGAAAGUUAAUUGAAAUGCGGGAAUGCUACUUUUCUUUUGGGGUUAAAAUGUUCACAUUCAACUUACUCCAAAACAGAGCACUAAAUAUGCACAUAGUUUCUGAAGUCUCCUAAAAUAAAAUAAAUAUUAGUUCUGUUCACUGUUACGUUGAAUCUUUCUGUGCUUUAAUUGAACCACGGGAAUGCUACUUUUCUUUUGGGGUUAAAAUGUUCAUAUUCAACUUACUCCAAAACAGAGCACUAAAUAUGCACAUAGUUUCUGAAGUCUCCUAAAAUAAAAUAAAUAAUAGUUCUGUUCACUGUUACAUUGAAUCUUUCUGUGUGAGGAUGUAAAUAUUCUAUAUCAUGGAGAAAUUAAAUUUAAUGUUUUUAUUUUAGAUGAAUAUUCCACCA